UCAUUAAUUAAUUGUAUAUUUUUCGGUGUUAAUAUAUGUUUCUCUUUGUUAUCAGAGAGCUCUGUGUUUGGCAAAAACUCUCUACAAGUUUGAUUCCUUGUUCUUGCAUUGUAGAUUGAAUCUUCCCUAAUCGUGUGAAUCUAAUGAAUGAAUCAGCUACUGAAUAAAGAUUUUGUUUCUUUUCGGGGAAUAUGAAGGGAUCAUAUAUCAAAAGAGAACUGUUAUUAAGAGAUUAGAUAUGGAUGAGUUUUGGGUUCAUUGAUACCAACGUAGUCGAUUGGCCAAAGGACCAACUGCUUGUGCAGGAUAGCGCUUUCAUCAGAUAUUGGAUCAAUGAUUCUAAAGAGUACGAGAAUGGAGAACAAAUUCAAGCAAGCUUUAUCAAAAUGAAGAAAGAAGACGCCUUAGACUGUUAUUUUCACACCAUUAGUGCCACUCAUGAGAGCAUUCUUUCCCCUCUAUGGGUAGCAAAGCACACAGGAAGUGAAGAAUGGUUCAUAUUUUAUGACCGAUUCACACUCUCACUCAGAUUAACUGGAACCAAACGGAUGAGACUAAGCUAUAUACUGAAGAAACUUGUUAAAGGCUUUAAAGUACAUGCAUGAGUCACGCCUUGUUCACAAGCAUAUGGACAACCUAGACAAUUACGUAGUCCACAAAGGCAUGGUAAAGUUAAUCAACAUCCAUGCAAUUGUCGGAUGGGUGACGACGGAUGGUGUCAGGAUAUUAUAGGCUUGACCAAGAGUUUUAACGUCAUUUUGCCUCAAACUAGAUUGGCUGAGCGCAAAUGUUUCAUCAAUUUUCUUAUUGAGACAAGUAAAAUGUCCAGGUAAGCACCCCCCCCCCCCCCAGAUGUUUCAAAUCUCUUAUUACAAUAAAUCUGGUAUAUUUUCAAUGCCUUAAUGCCUUUCCCUACUACUAAAUUGGUAAGGCUAGUGCCCUUGUCUUCUGCCCUACCUAAUUGUAUUAUUAUUAUUUUUUUCUUUUUUCUUUCGCUUUAGAAAUUGCUACAUUGAGAGACUACAAAAGGCAAUCACAUAUCCUUACUUGUGUGGGAGUAGGAGAAGGGUGAAGUACUUCUCUGAUUUGCAUAUGGCGAUAACGGGUUAUACACUUAUACAUGUCCAGGACCCAA